UUUGACCCUGCCAACAACAACGAACCCCUGCAGUUUGGUAGUGCCAGUGGCCCUCUGGUCACAGAAGGCCUCAUUGAGAAUGGAGGGGAGUCAAGCAAGAAAAGAAAGAGAACAAAUGCUCCUUCAGCUGAUAAUAGUAGAACUCUGAAUGUGGAUUCCACUGCAAUGACGCUACCUAUGUCUGAUCCAACUGCAUGGGCCACAGCAAUGAAUAAUCUUGGAAUGGCACCACUGGGAAUCGCUGGACAACCAAUUUUACCUGAUUUUGAUCCUGCUCUUGGAAUGAUGACUGGAAUUCCACCAAUAACUCCAAUGAUGCCUGGCUUAGGAAUAGUACCUCCUCCAAUCCCACCAGAUAUGCCAGUAGUAAAAGAGAUCAUACACUGUAAAAGCUGCACGCUUUUCCCUCCAAAUCCAAAUCUUCCACCUCCUGCAACUCGAGAACGACCACCAGGGUGCAAAACAGUAUUUGUGGGUGGCCUGCCUGAAAAUGGGACAGAGCAGAUCAUUGUGGAAGUGUUCGAACAGUGUGGAGAGAUCAUUGCUAUUCGGAAGAGCAAAAAGAACUUUUGUCACAUUCGCUUUGCUGAGGAAUACAUGGUGGACAAAGCCCUUUAUCUUUCUGGUUACCGCAUUCGCCUGGGCUCUAGCACUGACAAGAAGGACACAGGCCGGCUCCAUGUUGAUUUUGCACAGGCUCGAGAUGACCUGUAUGAGUGGGAAUGCAAACAGCGUAUGCUCGCAAGGGAGGAGCGCCACCGCAGAAGGAUGGAAGAAGAAAGAUUGCGGCCACCAUCCCCACCACCAGUGGUCCACUACUCAGAUCACGAAUGCAGCAUUGUUGCUGAAAAACUAAAAGAUGAUUCCAAAUUCUCAGAAGCUGUACAGACCUUGCUCACCUGGAUUGAACGAGGAGAGGUGAACCGUCGCAGCGCCAACAACUUCUACUCUAUGAUCCAGUCAGCCAACAGCCACGUUCGCCGCCUCGUGAACGAGAAAGCUGCCCAUGAGAAAGACAUGGAAGAAGCAAAGGAGAAAUUCAAGCAGGCCCUUUCUGGAAUUCUCAUUCAAUUUGAGCAGAUAGUAGCUGUGUACCAUUCCGCCUCCAAACAGAAGGCAUGGGACCAUUUCACAAAAGCCCAGCGUAAAAACAUCAGCGUUUGGUGCAAACAAGCUGAGGAAAUUCGCAACAUACAUAAUGAUGAAUUAAUGGGAAUCAGGCGAGAAGAAGAAAUGGAGAUGUCUGAUGACGAAAUAGAAGAAACCACAGAAACGAAAGAAACUGAGGAAUCAGCCUUAGUAUCACAGGCAGAAGCUCUGAAGGAAGAAAAUGACAGCCUCCGUUGGCAGCUCGAUGCCUAUCGGAAUGAGGUAGAAUUGCUCAAGCAAGAACAAGGCAAAGCCCCCAGAGAAGACGACCCAAACAAGGAACAGCAGCUGAAACUCCUGCAGCAAGCCCUGCAAGGAAUGCAACAGCAUCUACUCAAAGUCCAAGAGGAAUACAAAAGGAAAGAAGCUGAACUUGAAAAAGUCAAGGAUGACAAGUUGCAGGUGGAAAAAAUGUUGGAAAAUCUUAAAGAAAAGGAAAGCUGUGCUACUAGACUGUGUACAUCGAGCCAGGACAGUGACUAUCCUCUUGAGAAGACCCUGAACAGCAGUCCUAUCAAAUCUGAACGUGAAGCACUGCUCGUGGGGAUUAUUUCCACAUUUCUUCAUGUCCACCCAUUUGGAGCAAGCAUUGAAUACAUCUGUUCCUACUUGCACCGUCUAGAUAAUAAGAUCUGCACCAGCGACGUGGAGUGUCUCAUGGGCCGGCUGCAGCACACCUUCAGGCAGGAAAUGACCGGGGUCGGAGCCAGUCUGGAGAAGAGGUGGAAGUUCUGCGGCUUCGAGGGCCUGAAACUGACCUGA